AUGGCAGAGGAGACAAAUGUGAGGAGUCUGGCACAGACUGAAAACAAUCUGCCUGCUGAGGUCCAUCCUGCUUACUUCAACCUGGUUAAGGACUUCCAGAGAGAAAUCCAAGAGCUCAAAGAGCUGCUCCAGCGGAAGCGGAACGAGUCUGCAGCUUCAGCUGAGCCUCAAACCAAAGUCUUGGAGAGGGAGGGCAAGGACUUGAUUACUGAAAUAGAGCAAAUCAUAAAGAGCUGCAGAGAAAAGAUCUCGGAGUAUGAAGAAAAGAUCUCGCAGCAUGAAGAAAAGCUCUCGGAGUACGAAGAAAAGUUCUUGGAUCAUCACCAAAUAUUCUCACAGAUAGAACGAAAAAUCUCAGAGUAUGGCCAGAUAAACUCACAGAAGGACCAAACGAUCUCAGAGUCUGAAGAAAACAUCUCGGAGUCUGAACAAGUAGUGUCACAGAAUGAAGAAAAGUUCUUGGAUCCUCAACAAAUAUUCUCACAGAUGGAACAAAUGAUCUCAAAGUAUAAACAAAAGAUCUCAGAGUAUGAAGAAAAGAUCCCGAAGUAUGAAGAAAAGAUCUCAGAGUACGAAGAAAAGAUCCCGAAGUAUGAAGAAAAGAUCUCAGAGUACGAAGAAAAGAUCCCGAAGUAUGAAGAAAAGAUCUCGGAGUACGAAGAAAAGAUCUCAGAGUACGAAGAAAAGAUCUCUGAGUAUGAACAAAAGUUCUUGGAUCAUCACCAAAUAUUCUCACAGAUAGAACAAAAGAUCUCAGAGUAUGGCCAGAUAAACUCACAGAAGGACCAAACGAUCUCAGAGUCUGAAGAAAACAUCUCGGAGUCUGAACAAGUAGUGUCACAGAAUGAAGAAAAGUUCUUGGAUCCUCAACAAAUAUUCUCACAGAUGGAACAAAAGAUCCCAGAGUACGAAGAAAAGAUCUCACAGCUUGAAGAAAAGAUCUCAGAGUAUGAAGAAAAGAUCCAGAAGUAUGAACAAAAGUUCUCGGAUCAUCACCAAAUAUUCUCACAGAUAGAACCAAAAAUCUCAGAGUAUGAUCAAACGAUCUCAGAGUCUGCAGAAAAAAUCUCGGAGUCUGAACAAGAUCAGCUGCAGCUGACGGGGAGGGAGAAUUUUGCCAACAAUCCAGAGAUGGCAGAGGAGACAAAUGUGAGGAGUCUGGCACAGACUGAAAACAAUCUGCCUGCUGAGGUCCAUCCUGCUUACUUCAACCUGGUUAAGGACUUCCAGAGAGAAAUCCAAGAGCUCAAAGAGCUGCUCCAGCGGAAGCGGAACGAGUCUGCAGCUUCAGCUGAGCCUCAAACCAAAGUCUUGGAGAGGGAGGGCAAGGACUUGAUUACUGAAAUAGAACAAAUCAUAAAGAGCUGCAGAGAAAAGAUCUCGGAGUACGAAGAAAGGUUACCGCCUUCUCUGUAA